CUCCCCUUUGACAUCUCCGAAGGCACCGACUUCAUCUCUGGCCUCCGCACAAUCGCCGGCUCAGGUCUAGCAACACACAUCUUCUCCACCACAAAGAGCAUGGAAAAGCGCGCCUUCGUAAACUCCGACGGCGACUUUCUCAUCAUCGCACAACAAGGCAAUCUCGACAUCCAAACCGAAUUCGGCAAUCUCUACGUCCAGCCCGGUGAGAUCUGCGUCAUCCAGCGCGGUCAACGCUUCAAAGUCGCUGUUGAGGGUCCAACCCGGGGAUAUAUCCUCGAAGUAUGGGGCUCGCACUUUGAACUUCCUGAACUUGGGCCGCUGGGUUCAAAUGGUCUUGCUAACGCGCGGGACUUUUUGUACCCCAAGGCUAAUUACACUGUUACCCGUGAUGAUCCGUGGGAGAUCGUGUAUAAGCUUGGCGGUCGCUUCUUCAAGAGCACGCAGAACCAUUGCCCUUUUGACGUUGUUGCUUGGCAUGGGAAUUAUGCGCCUUACAAGUAUGAUCUCACCAAGUUUGUGAACGUGGGAUCUAUCUCUGUUGAUCAUAUUGAUCCGUCCAUCUUUUGCGUUUUGACAGCUGCUUCGCGAGAUGCGAAUGCGCCGCUGGCCGACUUUCUCAUCUUUUCGCCCCGUUGGGAUGUCGCGUCUCAUACCUACCGUCCACCGUAUUAUCAUCGCAAUGCAGCUUCUGAGCUGAUGGGCCUUAUUUACGGAGAGUACGCAGGCCGGUCUGAUGAGUUUCAACCCGGUGGCGUAUCGUUUGAGUGCGGCUGGGUUCCCCACGGUGUAGCCUACGAAGAAUUCAAAGCAGCGUCCGCCCAACCCCCACCGCAGAUGCAAAUCUCCAAGGGUGCAGUGGCAUUCAUGUUCGAGAGCUGCCGACAGCUGACCAUCACAGACUGGGCGUGGAACAGCGACAAGAAGCACGAGCACGAGCCCAAGAUGUGGGAUAACCUUGUCGACAACUUUUCCGAGCACCUUGAUGAGAUUAAUGAGAUCUUGGGGAAGAAAACCCUGUAA